UCAGCGAGCGGAGGAACCAAUGGAAACACCUUUGGUUUUCACCAGUGCGGGGUCCAGAAGUGUGUCGCUUCACUGUCCGGAUCGGCAGCAGCUUUAUCUUAUACUGCAGGAGCCAUGAGUGGAGACCGCGUGGCAUACACUGCCUGCAGAGAGAAUAAUGCUACACUUUGUCAGUGCCCCAGCGGGUAUUUUCUCUGGCGAUGUUCUUGCUACAGAUUUGAUACAAGUUUGAAGACGUUUGCUGCCUCCCGUACGGCGUGUCAGGCCGAUUAUCCCGGUUCUGAUAUUGCCGUGAUCGAAGAUUCUGCCGAAAACGAGAUGCUGAAACAAACGGUCCGCGACAAUCCCUCUUACACUGAUAAUUUCUGGUAUAUCGACGGUUACGACCACAAUGCAGACAACUCAGGAUGGCAGUAUAUCUCCAAGCGAUACCGAAACUGGCAGUUCUCAGACUUUCAGAGUUCUCAGCCAAACAGUGGCGGCGCACAGUGCGUGGCUUUCUGGCCUGCCUACAAUUGGCAAUGGGCAGACGAAAACUGUGGCAGCAGCUACCACUUUAUCUGCGAGAUUGACAUGCGGAAUCGACCUUGUAGAUGUCCGUCCGGGUAAAUGAA